UUGCGAAAGCCAUCGUGUGGGCUAUACGUAGCAGCUUCUCCGUCCGCAGAGUCUCAAGGGUCUCAGCACCGGGGUACUGCAAGUCUCCAGACUUUCACAGGCCUGAGGGAAGCUCCAAACCAAGCGCAAUUGACCUUAGAAGUUCCAACCCAAGCCCAACUCACCCAACCAGGAUGUAGGGUAGAGGGAGGGUGAGCAGCCACACCCUUCACAUCGCUCCGCCCCCUCCAUUCCACCAGGUGCGCUUGCGCCCUGGUCGCCACGAUCUGGCCUACCCCUUCUCCCGCUGGGCUGGAAACAUUUGGUUACUGUUGCUUCUCAGUUUUCUCUGACGCCUCCUCUCUCUCUGGAAGUCGUCCGGCCCGGCUGUCUCGCUCCUAGGCAGCCCGGCCAUGACGCCGCGGCCGGAAGCUGGCCGCCAGGCCCACGGCGCCCUGGCGCUGCUGGCGCUUGCCUUGUGCGCUCCCGGGGCCUGGGGUCGGGCGCUCGAGUGGUACUCGGCGGUGGUGAGCAUCGAGUACUGGGACAAACAGACGAACCGGACCACGUGUAGCGUUUCGGAGAGCGGCCGCUUUGGCGACAGCUCACCCAAGGAGGGCGCGCUAGGCCUGGUGGGCGUCCCUCGCGUGGUGGAUGGUGACCGUGAGGGCUGCGCACCCAACACGCGCUUCGUUGUGCCCCGACCCAGCGGCCGGGAGGCUGCAUCUUGGGUCGCCCUGGUGCCGCGCGGGGGCUGCACCUUAAAGGACAAAGUGCUGGUGGCGGCGCGGAGGAAUGCUUCCGCCGUGGUAAUCUACAACGAGGAGCGUCACGGGAACCUCACCGCGCCCAUGUCCCAUGCUGGAACAGGAAAUAUAGUGGUCAUUAUGGUUAGCUACCCAAAAGGAAGAGAGAUUCUGGAUCUGGUGCAAAAAGAAAUUCAAGUCAAAAUGACCAUAGGGGUUGGCACCCGCCAUGUACAGGAGUUCAUCAAUGGUCAGUCUGUCAUGUUUGUGGCCAUCGCCUUCAUCAUCAUGAUGAUUAUCUCAUUAGCAUGGCUGAUAUUUUACUAUAUACAGCGUUUCCUGUAUACUGGCUCACAGUUUGGAAGUCCGAGCCAUAGAAAAGAAACCAAGAAAGUUAUUGGCCAGCUUCCACUUCAUACUAUAAAACAUGAAGAAAAGGGAAUUGAUGUUGAUGCUGAGAAUUGUGCAGUGUGUAUUGAAAAUUUUAAAGUGAAGGAUAUUAUCAGAAUUCUGCCUUGCAAGCAUAUUUUUCAUAGAGUGUGCAUUGACCCAUGGCUUUUGGAUCACCACACGUGUCCCAUGUGUAAACUUGAUGUCAUCAAAGCCCUGGGAUAUUGGGGAGAGCUUGAAGAUGUCCAGGAGAUGCCCACUCCAGAAUUGGCCCCUGGAAGUGUUUUGGCUGCAAAUUUGAGUAUUACUGUACAAGACUAUGACAGAAGUGAUAGGAUUAAUUCACUAUCAUCUUCCACUAAUGAAUCCAUGCCACAGCGUGAUGUACAUUUUAAAGAAGAUGCAGGUGAAAACACAGCCUUACUAGAAAUGGACAGGAGCAACCUUCAGCACGGAGGACCCAUCUCUUAAUGUAUUAGCCACUGAUCGCAGCAUGGACAGAACUUUGAGUCAAAGGACAGUAUUUUUUAAUUUAGCACAUAGUUUGUACAUUUGAAAAUAAUGUACAUUCUUUUACCUUUCAUGUUCUGAUUUGAUAUACAAAGGGCUAAGAUAUUUAAUCUGAGAGAUUUUUUUAUUAGUGUCAUAUUUACCUACCAAAGUGUAUCAUUUACAAUAAAUAAGGUUAUUCCAGACUAUUUACAGAAGAGACAACUAGGGAAGGCAUGCUAAUGUCAGGAUGGGCAGUGUUUCUAAGUACUAGACUAGCUCCUGUGGUACUAUAUUAAAAAGGUUAAUCCUGUCUCUUAAGGGUGGUUUUAUAUUAAGCACAUUGAAUUUAGACUAGUUGAAACAGAACUGUGUAAUUAAAUUCCGUAAAUUGAUCACAUUGAUUUUCCCUAGAGAAAAGACAUUUUUUAAGAACAUUAAACUUGUAAAUAAGAUGAAAUCAACAGCUUUUUGGCACAUUGGUAUUAUGUAUAGAUUUCAAAACCUGAGAACACUUUUUCAUUGUUGUAUUACCUAAUGUGUUGUGACACUUUAAUGGGAAGUUUGUUCAUUUUUUUCAACAAAUAAAAAUACUAAGAAUCUGUAUUUCACAUGAGCAUUAAGUUCUUCAUUGCCUUCUUAGGAAAUGAAGUAGACAGAGACUGAUUUUCUUUGUAAAUGGUGAAUGUAAUAGAUUGGGUCCAAUUACAAUGUAAUAUUUACAACUAAAGGGGUGAAGGAUGGAAACUUUUUGAUUGUUGUAACAAAAUAAACAAGUAAACAGUUUUAUUAAUUUUAAAGCAGACUUAGUGACCAUGACGUUGUUUAAUUAUCUUUUUAAAAAAUUUUGUUUACUGUUCUUGUAAGUGAAAGGAACAUGCAAAUAUAAAGCAUUUGGAGAUUAAGUAUACAAAAUGAUUAAAUAAAGACACACACCCUGCUUUUCUGUCACUUUGUUAGAGGUGGAAUUUGAGGAGGAUGAGAGAGAAUUAGUUUUUAUUUUUUUAUUGAUAUUUUAGGGAGAGAUUUGUUGUUCCACUUUAUUUAUGCAUUCAUCCGUUCAUUCUUGUAUAUGUCCUGACCAGGGAUCUAACCUGCAACCUUGACAUUUUGGGAUGACACUCUAAAACAAAUAAGCUACUCCACCAGGGCUGAGUUAUUUUUUUUAGAACUUGAAAUUGUAGUCAUUUGUUGUUUUGCUUCUAAUCUAGUUACUUACAUGUAUCUUUUUUGUGUAUGUGGGUAAAAAUAAAUGUUUAGUGAGAACAUAAUAUUUUACAAAAUUUAAAGAAUGUAUUCUUAGAGCUGUAUCUAAGAUAUAAAGUUUUAGAUGGCUUAUUUUUUUUUCAAACUAUUCACCACACUUUGACGUAGCUACACAUAGUGAACUGAAAUACUUAAUGAGUAAAGUUUUUUACUGAAGUAAACUCUGGCCAGAUUUCAGUUAACAAACGGCCUCAAAGUGUGUUUUCAUAACAGUCAUCUUAAAAUCUGCCUUGUCUGGUGCAUUGUGAAUAGGAAAAAUGUGUCCUUGGUUUUAUACCAAGUAAACCAUUUCCUUCUUUGUACUUUAAGAAACAUACUAGGGAGAAAUGCCUUAACAUUUUUUUCCAGUAGCUAAUGAAGCUGACUUCUAAUAGGAUAGUAUAAGUUCAUAAUCAGGGACCAUCAGAUACAGCUUUCCUUAAUUCAGAAGUUUGAACACUAAAUUGUGAACAGAAGAGAUUAUAAGACCUGAGGUUUCAUCUCUAGAAACAUAGAUCCUUAACAGCAGGAAAAAAAAAUAGAAGAAAAACUCUUCAUUCAGUACUUCAAAAGGAAAGUUUCCUUUGGUAGGUAUUUUUAAAGAUGGUAAUAAAAUAGGAAAAGAGUUAAAUUCUACUAGAAUUUGAGUUGAAAACAUAAAAGUUGAAAAGUUGCUGGGAAUAUGGGGAAUAUUAAGUGAAAAGAGUAUACUAAAUCAGAUUUAGUUAUUAUUUAUGGUAGUAUAAUCAUUUCCCUUCUAAUAAUUGUCAUAAAAGCUGUUCGCAAAUAAUGUAGAGAGUUUUAACUUGGCAGGUGGCCUGUGAAAAAGGCAGUGUGUCCAUGAAUGUGAAGCAUCCAACGUGGUCCCCUGCCUGCCCAUGUGCUGCUUUUGGGUGCCCCUUCAGAAACCAGGAAGGUCUGGAGGAGAGGCGUGGAAACAGCACCAUGUCAGGUAGUUUGAAGACAUUGAAGCAAAAAACUGGAACUAGAAAAUCUGGAGAAUUCAAGACGUGUUUAAGACAAAAGUUAAAUUGAACUCAUUUGAGUACACUUAAAAGUUGAUUGCACAAAAAAAGGAAAAAAAAAUCCAUGGAAAGUUCAAUGCAGUUACUGAAUCCUAGAAUUAGUUUCUUGUAUUUCAGGUAAAUUUUCCUCUGCUUUUAAACCUGUUUAAUGAAGAACCUUUUGCUGAUGUUCUAAAUAUAAAUCUUGAAUCAGGUUUAAGUAUUAUGUUGUGUAACUAUAACUACUAUUCUCUGUAAGCUAUUUGAAAUAAAUUUGAAAGCCUUUCCUCUUUCAAGAAAACACCAAUAUUGUGAUCUUGAGAUGAUCAGCAGCCAUCACUCUAUUAAGAGUCCAUGUCUGUGAAUUUGCCUAAAAUUUAUAUGUAACCUGAAAAUCAGUAUGGGCACUACUUUUUUAGUUGUUUGUGGACAUAUACAGAGCAGUAAAAAUUCUGAGUUGCCUGACAUACAUGCUGCAGUCUAGGAAGAUUCUUGUUUCAGCUCUCAAACUGUCAACAUGUGACCUUUUAAUGAUCUAUUUACUGCUCCAGUUUGUACUUUUUGUCUGUGGUUUCACAUUUUAAAAUGGCCCCCAAGUAUAGUGGUUAAGUGCUGUCUACUGGUCCCAAGCACAAGGUUGUGAUGUGCCUCACAGAGAAAAUGUAUGUUAAAUGAACUUGGUUCACGCACGAGUUCCAGUGCUACUGGCCAUGAGUUUAAUGUUAUCAGAGGAUCAGGAGCCUAAGGAGGGUUGCUUCCAACAGUGGCAAGUGGUUGAAACUUUGCCAUUCCAAAAGUAUUUUUGAAUAAUGAACCUUUUCCCCCAUUGCUAAUAUGCAAAAAAUAGUAAUGCCCACUUUAAGAUAGUGAGAGAAAAUCAAGUUCAUUGCCAUCACUUCAGAUGUCUGAUGAUGCUCCUCUGUUACAUCAGCUUGGGUCCUUACUUUAAGCAAAUAUACUUAUAAAUCCUUUAUUUUUAUAAGGUUACCUAAAAUAAAAUUUGUUAUAAAUCUA